GCAAAUAUUUUUCAAGCUUGUAUUGUUACAACUACAAAAUAGAGAAUUAUGCUAGAUAUUAUCUCUAUUCUGCAGCCAAUCAACGCGCUUGAAAAAUUUAUCAUAGGACAAAUGAAAUAGUACCCGCGUACUCUAUGGUCGACGUUCUUAUGUUCGCACAAAGAGAAACGCCGGUCGCUGGGACAAUAAUAUUGAACUAUUGUCUAUUGAAGUGAUUGAACUAAAUUCAAUAAUCUGAUUCAAUCUUUCUUUGAAGUGCUUUGAAGCGAGAAUGUAGCGAGAUUGCUGCAGUAGUUUUAACUUCUUUUGUACAAAUUAUUCUGUGAAUGUAAAAGCAUACAUAAGGUUCCUUUUAUGUAUGACAGAAUCGCACUGAUUUACGCAAGCGAGUUUAUUUUGAUGUUAAUAUCGAAGUAAAUAACGAAAACAACGAGAAAAACAAUGGGAAGAACCGGAAGACUGGAUGGGAAAAGUCUUCCUUUCUCCUUCAGAAGAUUAUCCCACAGUUUUGCCUGGAGGCAGAGACGAAGACAGAUGAAAUUGGCAAGGAGCAAACAAAUUGUUCCUGAUGCUGAUGACAAAUCCCCUGACCUUCAGAGCUCUACAGAUAUAGAACUUCCUGAUACAACAGAGUCUGAGAUCAAAACUGAAAUGGCACGUUAUCUUCAUGAAGAACAAAUGGACGGCAAUGAGGAAGAGGCGGAAGCACAUAACAAACAAGACACUCAUAUGGAAAUUAUUGAAAUUAUUGAAUGUUGCAAGGCUGGAAGUGAUUUGGUUCCUGUUAAAGUAGAUAAUAAUGUGGAAGAAAUAGAGGGAUUAAAAGAAUUGGAAGAUGCACUUAAUGCAUACAAUGAGGCAAUUCUACAUCCUUUAAUCAUUACACGUGUUCCUGAAGCAAAUGAUAACGUUCCUGUUACAGUAGAUAAUGAUUGGGUUUCUGUUGAGAUAGAUAAUGUGGAAGAGAUAAAGGGAUGUAAAGAAUUAAAAGAUGCAUGUAACAAGGAAACUCUAUAUCCUUUAAUCGUUAAAAAUGAUAUUACUUCUGUUGAAGUAGUCAGUAAUGAGCCUUUUGAAGUAGAUAACGAUUGGGUUUCUGUUAAAGUAGAUAAUAAUGAUUUUGUUAAAAUAGAUAGUAAGAUGGUAAAAAUAGAGGAAAAAGGUGCGUAUAACGAGAUCAUUGAACGUUGCAAGGACGAUAAGCAUUUGCUUUUCAGUAAUAUAGAUAAUGUAGAAACAACAGAGAAUUGUAAUAAGAAAGACGAUACGCUUAAUGACAAUUCCGAAUACGAGGAUCUUAAAAUCGACAAUAACUGUUCCGCAAGUUCUGUCAUUCAAGAAAAAAUACCCACAGGCAAUUCUAUUCUAAAUAUCUCUUACUUUCUGAGCGAGCUUCAUAGAGAAUUUGACAAUCAUGCACGUGGCAUUGAUUGUCAAUUCGUGUACUGGAAACUUGUCAAUUACCGUCGUCGCGGAUUACUUACGCAAUUUUAUUUCAAAUGUGAAAUGUGUUACUAUGAGGCGAGUAUUUGGUCUCACCCCGUGGAGAAGACUCCGGAUCUUAAUGUCGCUAUUGUAGCCAAAAGUGUUGCUUUAGGGCUAGGAUAUUCUCAAUUGAGGCACAUGUUUGAAUCUAUGGACAUUAAUACUAUGUCCUUUAAGACUUAUAAGAAGUAUCGAGAAAAUUUAAUUCCAGUCCAGAAGAAUGCUACGAAAAAUAAUCUCUCGAAUGAAAACCAGUAAGUUUAAACUGCAUUGAGAAACUUAAAAUUUAUUUUUUAACAAAAAUUUUUUUUUUUUUUCGACAAAAUAUGUUCUACGUGUAAUGAAUCAAAUUAAUAUAAUAUAUAGGUUUCUAUUAUAAUGAGAGUUUUAUGAUAAAAUUGAUGUAGCAUUAAGUUCAAUGAGUCUGAAACUUGUAAUAAUUUAUUUUUAUAUUUUCUAAAAAUACAAGCUGGACCAAAGAAACGAGAAUUUUCUGUGUAGUGUUGGCGGAUCGCGGAUUACAUUGUAAUGAAAAUUUUAGUUGUAAAGUUUUUAAGUUUUGAUUUUACAUCUUUAAAUUUUCUUUGGCCCAUCCUGCAUUACGACGCAAUAAACUUGUGAUUGCAUCUGUGAUAUCUAUAUAGAAAUAUAGAUAUUUUUGCACGUAUUUUUUAUAUUUGAUGUAUUAAUAUUUAAAAGGUUAAGAU